CUACUGAGAAACAGAGAUUGAUCCAAGACUGAUCUCACCGAGGUAAUUUCGGUGCCUCACGGUUUAUUAUAUCCAAGACUGAUAUAUGUAUAUGUAAUAUAUACGUAUAUAUGUGUACGUGUGACUUGCGUCACGGUGACGUUAAAUAGAUCAGGUAGUCUGCGAUCAACCGCUUGCCCAACGCAACCAGGAUACUCCACUUUGCUUUUACACGCUACACGCAAUGUCUUUGUCUGCUAGACUACGUGUCACUGUCAGGUGCUGCUCAUCUCUAGACAGUGCCCAUCAAACUGCCAAGCGGAUCACUAGGUAUGCGUCGACCUUUAAUGCACGCGACAAUGAUAAUUUCAUCCAGAAGUCAGUAUUUAUAUCGCAAUCCACGGAUGUGUUCGUCAACCUGGCAUUGGAGCACUGGCUGUAUCGCAACUUUGACUUCUCCAAGCAUCACGUUUUGCUGUUCUGGAGGAACGAUCCCUGUGUGGUUUUUGGCCGCCACCAGAAUCCCUGGCUUGAAUGCAAUGUUCAAGCAUCCGAAAAGGCAGGCAUUGCGCUGGCACGCCGUAAUAGCGGCGGUGGUACCGUUUACCAUGACAAUGGUAAUCUCAACUUGACAUUUUUUACUCCACGUGAAAGAUAUAAUCGAAGAUACAAUUUAAACAUCAUCACGAACGCUUUGUUUCGGCAAUGGGGACUGAAGAGUGUGAUCAACAAGCGAGAAGAUAUCGUAGUCAAUGAAGAUUGCAAGGUAUCUGGAACAGCUGCAAAAUUGGGAAAACCAAAUGCCUAUCAUCAUUGCACGCUUUUGGUCAACGUGAACAAAGCCAAUCUGAGUUCUAUUCUUGAAAGAAAAGAGAAUGGUAUCGUUACAAAUGCGACAACUUCUAUACGUUCUCCAAUUAUGAACUUGAUUGAUAUAAACCGAAAUAUCCAAAUGGAUAAGCUCUUGUCUGCUAUUGGCUGGGAAUAUCUGCGUACGAAAGCCCUCGCUCUCGAAGACGGAAGAUAUGAUCUCGUUGAACAACAAAAGGGAUUCAAGUUUAUCAAUCCAACCGAAGACUGGUUUCCUGGAAUUGAUAACUUCACCAGUGAGUUCCGUUCUUGGGAUUGGAAUUUCGGCCGGACGCCGAAAUUUAUAGUUACCCGCACGCUUGACUUUCCCGCUCACGAUGGUAAAAUAUAUCGCCUAAAUUUGAGUUUGGAAGUGCAAAACGGUUUCGUGGAAGAAAUCAGAAUGAGUUUGCCCGCUGGCUUAGUAUCGACCGACUUCGCCCAAGAUGCGAGUGUGAUUAGUAAUAUUCGCGGCACAAAAUACAAUCAUGAUGUAACGGAAAACAUAAUCGCCGCGAUUGGCGGUAAGACCGUCACCUUAAAUACGACCCAACAAAGCAUAGAUGAGAACAAUAUGAGGCUUGACGAGGUUACAUUACAAUGACCCGGAGUCUCGAGCAAUCACCACCAUUCUGCUCCUAAUGUCAUUGUGUUCAAACGAAAAUAAUUAGUGUUAAAAUUAUGCACAUUGUAUUAUACAUGUACAUGUAUAACAUUACGUCUCUAUAUUUUAUAUAUAUAUAUAUGCACAUAACAUGCAAAAAGUAAAAAAAGAAGAUUAUCAACUACUAUCAUUGCAAUAUUCUAAACAUUAGGCGUAUUCAAGCUGAUGAAGCUGUUCGUCGAACGAUUAAAUAUGAUUGGCUUCUAUAGAUCCAAUAAACCAUGUUCAAUUGCACAAUGAGCAGGCUACUGGUUUCGUCCGGUUUGUACAUGGCUAUUGAAGAAUGUAGUAAAACGCAAGAGGGUCCCGUUAGCCCACAUUCUGAUAGGAUGCAUGCACUCACAUCGGUCGUGCCGAUGUGUAAUUUAAUAAUUUCUCGCUGUUUUUGUUACCAAUGAGAAUAUUUUAUAUUAAAUUAUUCUUGCCAAUUAGCGAUGUACGCAAUUGGAUCCUUCUCGUAAAACAUUAUUAUAAUUUGCCUAUCGUUGAUAUU